AUGAAGCCUCCAGGUGCGAUGUCAGCAAUGACCCUAGAAGGCCAGCUGCUGUUGCUGCCCCUGAUGUUGCUGUUGCUGGGACCACAGGCUUCCCAGGGCCUGGACAUUGUGCCUCCAGGGCCAGAGCUUGUCCUCAAUGUCUCCAGCACCUUCAAUCUCACCUGCUCGGGCUCAGCCCCAGUGGUGUGGGAACGGCUUUCCCAGGAGCCACUGCAGGACAUGUUCAAGACUCCAGAUGGCACCUUCUUCAGCAUUCUAACACUGACCAAUGUUACUGGCCUGGACACAGGAGAAUACUUUUGUACCUACAAUGGCUCCCACGGGCUGGAGUCCAGUGAACGAAGACGGCUUUACAUCUUCGUGCCAGAUCCCACCGUGAGCUUCCUCCCUACCAGCUCUGAAGACCUAUUCAUCUUUCUCACGGAUGGAUCUGAGACAACAAUUCCAUGCCGGGUAACGGACCCACAGCUGGUGGUAACAUUGCAUGAGAAAAAAGAGGACAUUCCACUGCCUGUCCCCUAUAAUCACCAGCGUGGCUUCUCUGGUAUCUUUGAGGACAAAACCUACAUCUGCAAAACCACCAUUGGGGACAAGGAAGUGGAUUCUGACCCCUUCUAUAUCUAUGACCUCCAAGUGUCAUCCAUCAACGUCUCCGUGAACGCAGUACAGACCGUGGUCCGCCAGGGUGAGAACAUUACUGUCAUGUGCAUCGUGACCGGGAGCGAGGUGGUCAACUUCGGAUGGACGUACCCUCGCAUGGAGAGUGGGCGGCUGGUGGAGCCGGUGACGGACUUCCUCCUAGGCCUGCCCUACCACAUCCUCUCCAUCCUGCACAUUCCCAACGCUGAGCUGAGCGACUCGGGGACCUACCUCUGUAACGUGUCGGAGAGUGUGAACGAACAUCAGGAUGAAAAGGCCAUCAACGUCACUGUGCUCGAGAGUGGCUACCUGCGACUGCUGGGAGAGCUGGACGCCGUCCAGUUUGCCGAUCUGCACCGGAGCCGUACCCUGCAGGUGAUGUUCGAGUCCUACCCGCCGCCCACCGUCGUGUGGUUCAAAGACAACCACACCCUAGGUGACCGUAGCACUGGCGAGAUCUCACUGUCCACGCGCAAUGUCUCCGAGACCAGGUACGUGUCAGAACUGACGCUGGUGCGGGUGAAGGUGGCCGAGGCCGGCCACUAUACCAUGAAGGCCUUCCACGAAGAUGCUGAAGCCCAGUUCUCCUUCCAGCUGCAGGUCAAUGUGCCUGCCCGGGUGCUGGACUUGCGGGAGACCCCUCCAGCUGGCGGGGAGCGGACGGUCCGCUGUCGUGGCCGGGGCAUGCCCCAGCCGCACCUCACCUGGUCUACCUGCAGCGACCUAAAGAGGUGUCCUCGUGAGCUGCCACCCACACCUGUGGGGAACAGUUCGGAGGUGGAGAGCCAGCUGGAGACGAAUGUGACAUACUGGGACGAGGAGCAGGUGUUUGAGGUAGUGAGCGUGCUUCGCUUGCACAGCGUGGAUCAGCCGCUGUCCGUGCAGUGCACGCUGCGUAACCUGCUAGGUUAUGACGCACAGGAAAUCACCGUCGUGCCGCACUCACUGCCCUUCAAGGUGGUGGUGAUCUCGGCCAUCCUGGCCCUGGUGGUCCUCACCAUCAUCUCCUUUAUCAUCCUCAUCAUGCUCUGGCAGAAGAAGCCACGCUACGAGAUCCGCUGGAAGGUGAUCGAGUCGGUGAGCUCCGAUGGACAUGAGUACAUCUACGUGGACCCCAUGCAGCUGCCCUAUGACUCCACGUGGGAAUUGCCCCGGGACCAGCUAGUGCUAGGACGCACCCUUGGCUCUGGGGCUUUUGGGCAGGUGGUGGAGGCCACAGCACAUGGUCUGAGCCAUUCUCAGGCCACGAUGAAGGUGGCUGUCAAGAUGCUGAAAUCCACAGCCCGCAGCAGUGAGAAGCAGGCCCUCAUGUCAGAGCUGAAGAUCAUGAGUCACCUUGGGCCCCACCUGAAUGUGGUCAACCUGCUAGGGGCCUGCACCAAAGGAGGGCCCAUCUACAUCAUCACUGAGUACUGCCGCUACGGCGACCUGGUGGAUUACCUGCACCGGAACAAGCACACCUUCCUUCAGCACUGCUCGGAGAAGCACCACCUGCCCAGCGCUGAGCUCUACAGCAAUGCCCUGCCCGUGGGGAUCCCCCUGCCCAGCCACGUAUCCCUGACGGGGGAGAGUGAUGGCGGCUACAUGGACAUGAGCAAGGACGAGUCGGUUGACUACGUGCCCAUGCUGGACAUGAAAGGGGACAUUAAGUAUGCAGACAUCGAGUCCUCCAACUACAUGGCGCCUUACGACAACUACGUCCCCUCCGCUCCUGAGAGGACCUGCCGGGCGACUUUGAUCAAUGAGUCUCCAGUGCUUAGCUACAUGGACCUUGUGGGCUUCAGCUACCAGGUGGCCAAUGGCAUGGAGUUCCUGGCCUCCAAGAACUGUGUCCACCGAGACUUGGCGGCAAGGAACGUGCUGAUCUGUGAGGGCAAGCUGGUCAAGAUCUGUGACUUUGGUCUGGCUCGUGACAUUAUGCGGGACUCGAACUACAUCUCCAAAGGCAGUACUUUCCUGCCUCUCAAGUGGAUGGCGCCUGAGAGCAUCUUCAACAGCCUCUACACCACCCUGAGCGACGUGUGGUCCUUCGGCAUCCUUCUGUGGGAGAUCUUCACCCUGGGUGGCACCCCUUACCCAGAGCUGCCCAUGAACGAGCAGUUCUACAACGCCAUCAAGCGAGGUUACCGCAUGGCCCAGCCGGCCCACGCCUCGGACGAGAUCUACGAGAUCAUGCAGAAAUGCUGGGAAGAGAAGUUUGAGAUUCGACCACCCUUCUCCCAGCUGGUGCUGCUUCUGGAGAGACUGCUGGGCGAGGGUUACAAAAAAAAGUACCAGCAGGUGGAUGAGGAGUUUCUGAGGAGCAACCACCCAGCCAUCCUGCGGUCACAGGCCCGUGUGCCUGGAUUCCACGGCUUCCACCCUACCCUGGACUCCAGCUCUGUUCUCUAUACGGCUGUGCAACCCAACGAGGGGGACAAUGACUACAUUAUUCCCCUGCCUGACCCCAAACCUGAGCUUGGAGACGAGGGGCAACUGGAGGGCUCCCCGAGCCUUGCAAGCUCCACAUUGAAUGAAGUGAACACCUCCUCUACCAUCUCCUGUGACAGUCCCCUGGAGCCACAAGAGGAACCAGAGCUGGAGGCUGAGCCCCCAGAGGAGCUGGAAGCCCAGUCACUGGGUUUGGGCUUCCCAGGGCCUCGAGCAGAGACAGAAGACAGCUUCCUGUAG